AUGGAUCCCAUCGCGGAGAUCAUGCAGCUAUAUAUGAUAGAAACAAACCGGAUCGACUGGCACACGACUUACAAGGUUAGCCAGCGGAUAUGCUCAAAGGUCUCAGACCACAACAAUCUCUUCCUUGCUGGCGAUGCGAUUCACAUCCACUCGCCGAAAGCAGGGCAAGGAAUGAACGUCGGCAUGCAGGACACAUACAAUCUGGGCUGGAAACUUGCUGCCGUGGCUCGUGGUGCCUCGCCGCCGGAUAUCCUAGCCACAUAUGCGCAAGAGAGGCUUCCCAUCGCGCAACGGCUGAUCCAGUUGGAUCAACGCUUCUGCUGUGGCAUGUGGAGUAUGUCUCGUGGGAGAUUCGACGAGGACCAUAAGCGCGCUCUUCGAGAGGAGAAUACGUUGUUUUCGGGGCUCACCACAACAUACGAACCAAAUUUACUCAUUAGCCCGUCGUCAGAAGCUGGAGGCUCGAAAGGUGCCUCCUUUUGCAGCAGACCGUCUCUAGCCAAGGCUAUCAGGCUGGGAGCCCGGAUCCCCAGCAAGCUGGUCCUGAAUCAGAGCGAUUCGCAAACCUGCCAACUGCAACACGCUUUUCCAGUGCCGGGCAAUGGAAUUGAUGAUUUUCGGGGGUGA